CGCGGUUGUUCUCCGAAGUCGUACAUCUCUCGUCUCUUCUCUGGAAAUUCAACAACCCAAAAUUCUCUCGGGCCGGAAGUCCAAGGUCCAUCAUGGCCGACCACCACCACCACCACCACCGUCCUCACCGCAUCUCACUCCCACCGCGCGCCACCACAUCAACCACCUUCGGCACCCCCACCACGCCGACUACUAUUAACAGACCCUACCCUCCCUACCCCUACGCUUCCUCAACUCCAAUCUCAACCCCGUCCAAACACCGCCUCUCCUCCCUCUCUUCCUUCAACUCCAGAUCUUCCACUUCUACCGAAUCCUCCCUCUCCUUCCUCUUCCUUCUCCUAUUCUCUCUCCGCUCCCUCUAUUCCCUCCUCCCUUUCCUUCGGUCCUCUCCUUCCUUCUCUCUUUUCCCCUUCUCUUUCCUCGUUUCCCUCCUCUCUUUCCUCCUCACACUCUCUUUCUCUUUUUUCACCUCCAAUUCUUCCUCUUUCAAAAACCCAUUUAACCGAAAACCUCAAAACCAACCCCUGUUUUCACUAUCCUUGAUUACGCAAUCUCAGCUGAGACUUUUGGUCGCCAAGUCCAUUCUUUUGGCCGUGGUUUUUCUUCUUCGAUUCCAAGCGCUCCGCUACUGCGGCACAGCAGCGAUGAUUCUAGCUGAAUUGUCCGGCAAUGUCGCUGCCAGGUUGGUUGCCGAGGGGAAGGAUAGGAGUAUCGGUGUCCGGAUUUGGAAACGGUCCUCUAAGGUUGGUGGGUUUUUCGCUUUGUUUUCUGGAUUGUUUUUGUUGUCUAUUAGUUGGGAUCGGGUUGAAUGCUUUCCGUUGUCUGCUUCUUUGGUUGAGAAAUUGGGAGUUUCAGUGUUUCCGAGGGAGAAUUGUGUGAGGGUUUGGCCAAUGCUGCUUCCGUUUCUUUCUGGAUUUUUGGGUUGCUACGAGCGCAUUUCGAUGAAUUGGGGGACAGUUAGGCAACUAGGUCGGAAACGGGUUAGGCUGAUUUCCCUGUUUUUCACUACUGUUGUACUUUUUGUACCUGCCGUUAUUAGUAUGCUCGUGUUUGAAGCUGAGGGAAAUAGUGUCUCCGUUGGGAAUAUGAUUUGGCCUCUGGCAAACACUGUUCUUUUUGGGGUUCUUUUGAGUGAAAAUUUUGGCGAUGAGAAGCUGGUGAGUUCCAAGGAUUUUCGGAGGGAGUUUUUGGUUACAUUUGUCUGUACUCUUGUCUUAGAGCUGUUCUAUUUUCCUGAGCUCUCGCUUUGGGGAUUGCUUCUUUGUGGUUUGUUGCUUUAUGUUGCUGUUAGGGAAUUAGAUCCUAUCUUUUCCAAUAAUCUUGAAUUGGGAGUGGAGUCUCCAGAGUCAUUUACCACCUCAAUUAUGAAACCAAUACGGCACAUUUUGAGCGAGAGGAAGUCCCGGAAGAUAGCACUUUUCCUUUUGAUCAACACGGGGUAUAUGGUUGUGGAAUUUGUUGCCGGGUUCAUGAGCAACAGUCUUGGCUUGAUAUCUGAUGCAUGUCACAUGUUGUUUGAUUGUGCUGCCCUUGCAAUUGGGCUAUAUGCUUCAUAUAUUUCUCGUUUGCCUGCAAACAACCAAUUUAAUUAUGGUCGUGGGAGAUUUGAGGUUCUUUCAGGAUAUGUUAAUGCUGUUUUCCUGGUUCUGGUUGGAGCACUAAUAGUUCUGGAGUCAAUUGAAAGGAUUUUGGACCCUCAGGAGAUAUCAACUAGUAGUCUCUUGAUUGUUUCAAUAGGAGGGCUUUUGGUAAAUGUGGUCGGUUUAAUUUUCUUUCAUGAGGAACAUCAUCAUGCCCAUGGUGGAUGCUCACAUUCUCACUCCGACUCCCACCAUCAUGAGCAACAUUCUCAUGACCAUCUUGGACAUGCUCACGAGGAUCAUGGAAAACAUCAUGAAUGUAGCUUUGGUUCCCACAAAUGCCAUGAAAAGUCAUGCUCUGACCACAGUGACCAUCAUGAACACCACAGCCACCAUCCCGAUGCCCGUGCUGACAGUCGGAAAGAAGAUCACAUUAGCGAGGGAACUAACUGUCACAAUCACCUUGACCAUGACCACCACCAUCAUCAUCAAGCAGCUGACAACCAUGUCCAUGAAAGCAGUCACAAUCACCUUGACCAUGUUCAUCAACAUGACCACCACCACCACCAUCAUCAAGCUGAGAACUGUGUCCAUCAAAGAAGUCAUGAUCACCUUGGCCACGGUCACAAGCAUGACCACCAACAUCAUCAUCAAACUGACAACCAUGUUCAUGAAAGCUUCCUCAAUGGCUCUUCAAGAAGUUUGCAUGAUCACACAUUCGAAGGUCAAAAUAUGGCAGAAUCUCAUGGUCGUGGAGCAGGUUCCCAGAUCCACACACACUGUUCAGAUACUCAAAGUUGCUCCUCCAUGGGAAAUCAUGAUUCCCAGCCAAGAAAACUUCCAUCUGGUGGAGAAAAACCACAAAAUCACCACCAUCAGCAUAUUGACCACAACAUGGAAGGAAUAUUUUUGCAUGUUCUGGCAGACACUUUGGGAAGUGUUGGAGUUGUUAUAUCAACGCUUUUAAUUAAGUACAAGGGAUGGCUUGUUGCCGAUCCUGGCUGCUCAAUAUUUAUUUCAGUCUUGAUUGUAUCUUCAGUUAUCCCAUUACUCAGAAACUCUGCAGAAAUUUUGCUCCAAAGAGUUCCAAGGAUGCAUGAGCAAGAUUUAAAAGAAGCUCUAAACGGUGUUAUGAAUAUAAAGGGAGUGUGUGGAAUCCAGAAUUUGCAUGUUUGGAGCUUUACCAACACAGAUGUUGUAGGGACCCUAAAUCUUCAUAUCUCGGAAGAAACUGAUAAGGCUUCUACAAAGGCACAGGUGUCACGGAUAUUACAUGAAGCUGGAAUCAAAGAUUUGACAUUACAGGUGGAAUGUGUUAGGUAAAUGUUGUAGUAACUUCUGUUAAUUUCAUUGUCGUUUGAGAGGUCUUCCAGUGAGUAGUGACCACAUCAUCAAUUUUCAUCACCUUAAAGAUGCUGUUGGCGUCUAGAGAAAGUGUGGAUCUUCUGUUCUUCCUCUUGUGUUGACAAUAUCAACGUGGCCGUGCUUUUUAGAUACUAGCCGGUGUGUGAUAGCUACUUGUAGGAUCAGUGUGCUUUUUCCUAUCAACUCAGGAAGGCUAACGAAUUCCAUAUACGUAUUUAAAAAAGAAAAUGGUUAACAUUCUGACAGAGACAAAGUUACUUGCUAUAGGAUUAUUUGGUCAUAUGCAAUUUUCCACUCAUGUAAAGAAACAAGCAGAGGAUGAUGCAUUACUACAUAGUUGUGACUAUUUGCUGGCGUGGGCAUACUUUUGUGGUUCAGGUCCAUGGAUCAUUUGGAUCUUAAAAGUUCUA